CUCACUCCUAGCCUCGUGCUUCUUUCUUUCUUCCCUAAUUUUUCUCUCUCUAUUUUUAUUUUUAUUUUAAAUAAAUAUUAAAAAUUGGAAAUCACAGAUUAGAUUUCCGAUUUCGACGGUGGCCUCGCUGUGUUUUCUGACCGUAUCGGAUCUGGGGUUUCUUCGCUUUCUUCUUAAGGAUUUUCUUCUGUUGAUAGCUUGGAGGAGAAAAUAGGAGUUGGAUUGAGUUUUUUAAUAGUUAAUUAUUGACUGGAAAAGUGUGCCGUCCGUGGAAAGCAAGUUAUAAUUUCAGCUAUUGUUGAUGUUUUAGAAUUAAUUACUUCUUAAAUUGAAAAGGGUUGCUCACUUGAUGAAGCUAGAUAUUUCUGUGGCUUCUAUUCACAUUUAAGAAUAAUAUACAUCGCCAAAAGGGAAGUUUUGUGUUAUGGGUUGAACUUUUGGUGUUUUUGGUGAUAUUAUUGGUUUUGGUCAAUUGGAGAGUGAGGAGCUAGUUGAUAAUUAUAUUGGGAUUUUGGCUUAUGAUGGAUCUUACAGUUUCAAGGGAUGAUGGGGUUAGAGUUGAUCUGGAACUUGGAGUGCUAACCAGUGAUGAAGAGUUUAAUACUACCCCUGUUUCGGGUUCUAAACAACAAGCUAAGACAUUGAUAGCUAAGUUUUGUGGUGGUUUUGUUGAUGGGUUAAUCAAGGCUGAAGAUGGGGUGAGUUGUGGGAAUGUGUCAUAUGAUAAUGGAGUUUCUCUUGAGAGUGUCAAGGUGACAGAUAAGAUGUUGGAUGGGGAAGACACUAAUGGUCAUCCAGAGAAGACAUCAUCAGUGAAGGAGAAACGGAAAAAGGGUAGUAAUUAUAAACCUUCAAAGCCUCCUAGACCCCCUAGAGGCCCAUCUUUGGAUGCUGCUGAUCAGAAGCUAAUCAGGGAGAUUUCCGAGCUUGCCAUGCUUAAGCGUGCUAGAGCUGAGCGGAUGAAAGCCUUAAAGAAGAUGAAAGCUGCAAAGUCUUCUUCUUCCAGCAGCAAUCUUUUUGCUAUGGUGUUCACCAUUCUCUUCUUUCUCGUGAUACUCUUUCAUGGUAUAUCAUCAAGAAGUUCUACCGAGAGUCUCCAAGGACCUUCCAUGUCUGCGGGUGCAACAGAAGGUGGUGGGCUGAUCUCAGUUCAGUUCUAUCCAAUACCAUCAGCAAGCAUACCAAAUGUUUCUGGUUCUGAGUCUCCCAAUAUGGUAGAGCAAAUAGCUGGUGCAGAACCGCAAGAGAAGCCGAGAAGAUUUGCAGGAUGAUAAUGAUAUAUGUGAUGUUCUUUUGUAAAUGAGAGGUUUAUUAGCCAUAAUUUGAAGGGUUUUCCAAGACAACUUUGAAGUUCUAUUGCAAGCUGUUUGAUCAGCUUUGCUCUUUUUUGUACACGCAGAGAGCCUUGUGAAGCUGAAUUUCAUGUGUUUAUUUGUUCCCUCUUUGUAUAUAAAUUAAUAUUUUGGGAGAGCUAGAUGAUUGUUUUUUCUUUUA